AUAAGAAGUGUCAUCCACCUGGUUUUUUAAUUUAAAAUAAUUUGACAUUGACAUUAAAGUGUCAUUUAUGGUGUCAUUAUUUGCCAUUUUCUAGUCCUCAGUCCUCGUUCCGAUAGUCCAAAAAAGUAAAUUUAAUUUUUUAACAAAUAAAAAGGCUUUGUAAAAUGGGUCUUGGUGAUUAUCCUGCCGACUAUAAUCCUAGUGUGCACGGACCAUAUGAUCCAGCUAGAUAUUAUGGAAAACCCGACACCCCCCUUAGUCAAGUAAAGCUAUCGGAACUCGGAUCAUGGCUUGCUCGCCGUAAUAAGAGUCCACAGGCAGUGGCUGGUGCAUUCAGUCGAGCAUUCUGGAGAUGGCAACACAAAUAUGUCCUACCUAAACGUUCCGGAAUAGCUCCAUUCUUACAACUUGUUUUUGGAUCCAUGGGUGUUUUUUAUGUCCUUAAUUACGGAAGAAUUUCUUCCCACAGAAAUUACAAAUACCACUAAUUGUUUCAAUUAUAUUACUUAUAGUCGUACAUAUUGUAAAAUUACAUAUGUUUCAAAUAAUAAACUGAAUAGUCUUUCGUCUUAA